AUCAGACCCGGUCUCGACCACGUCGUGCCUCACCACGAGGUCGUAGUGGUACGGGGAGCCACUCUCAGGGUUCGUCCAGCCACUCUCGGGGUUCGUCCAGCCACUCUCGGGGGUUGAGCAGCCACUGUCGGGAUUCUUCAUUUCCCGCUCCGGUUCUUGCUCCCGCUGCUGCACCCCCUCCCGUUGCUGCACCCACUCCCGCUGCUGCACCCCCUCCCGCUCCUCCAGUCGUUCCGGGAGUGAAGACUGUUGCCCAGUUGGUUCAACAGCCCGGUCGUGAGCAUCUUCCCUAUCUCACUCCGUGUCCAAAGGGACGACGUCAAACAUGGUAAUUAAAAGUUUUUUUUUUCCUUUCAUUAAAAUUUGAUUCAUUAUUAAUAAUUUGUUUCUUAUAUUAGGUUCAACCGAUCCGGGAACGGGAUCAGCGCAUGGAUCAACAAUAUGAUGUACUCGAACCUCAGCAAGGGAUAUCCGACUUUCACUCACUUCCCUGCCGAGGACCAGGAGAUGUGGUUUCGUCAGUUUGCGCAAGAGUUCACCUGGAAUCCCGAUCACACGAACUUUAUCCGUGACGCCUUCGUCCAUAAAGUUAUGGACAACUAUGGGAAGCAGAUCUACGAGUGGAAGCAGAAGUGGCUCAUCAACGAGGUUUUUUUUAAUUUAUUAAACCAUUUUUGGAUUUAUUAAACUAUUUUAUAUUUUUUUAUUAAAAGGUCCCGAAGUCGAUCAACAACACGGUCUGGGAGGAGUUGUGUGUGCAUUGGGAUAAGGACAAGACGAAAAGAAUCUCCGUGACCAACUCCGCCAACUGCAAGGCGAUCGUGGCGGGAAGGGCAUGUACAAGCACAAUUGGGUGCCCAGACUAUUGCCACUCUGGGUGAUCGCUUGGUAAGUUCAAGCUUUUUUUUUUUAAUUAUUUAAGUAUUUUUAUUUUUUUAUCAUUUCUUCUAAUUUCUAAUGUUUGUUUCACUUUUGUUUUUUUCAAGGCGGAUGAAAAUGAUGGCGAGCCGCUUGAUGAUUUCGUCCUAAUGAAGACGGCGCAUACCAACAAGCACACCGGGGAGAUUGAUGAUGGUGUUGUGAGGGAUGUGCUCAGCCUGAUCGAAACUCAGAAGGAAGACGAAGAGACCCGUCUAUCUCAGCUUCAAACCGACCUGGACGCCACUUCGACGGCUUCGACCAACUUGUCCCGGAUUCGAAUCAACGAAAUCGUUGAAUCGUCGGUUCCAAAGAAGAAGAGACGUUUGGUCGGUUUGGGUCGUCGAGCCCGGUCGGUUCCUCCUUCUGCACCACAGCCCUAUGUUGAUCCAGAAGUGCUUAUGGACCACUUGAAGGACAAAGAUGACCGCAUAGCUGCGUUGGAGCAAAAGAUGGCGGAUUAAGAGGCGGGAUGGGAGGCAACGAGGAAGCAGAACGAGCAAAUGAUGGAGAUGUUGAAGAGGAUGUACCCGAACGAGCAGUUCCCGUAGUUUUUUUUUUUUUUCAAAAACUCUUAAUGUUUUAU